UACUCUUUAAUUUGAGACUCUCUCAUCCUCCCCUCUCUCUUCUCCUAAUUAUAUGUACCUUUUCUAAAGAGAGAGAUCUAGAGAGAGAGAGAGAGAGAGAGAGAGAGGCACCAUGGUUGUUGCAGCUGGGUUUUCUCGCUUUUCCUGCUCACUACUGCUCCUGCUAUUACUCGCACUCUCUUUCUCUGAGAGCAUGGGAGGGAAUCUCAACCCUUCAGAUUGCAAUCCGAGGUGCUCGUACAGGUGCUCGGGGACGUCGCACAAGAAGCCGUGCAUGUCGUUCUGCAUGCAGUGCUGCGCCCAGUGCCUGUGCGUGCCGCCGGGCACCUACGGCAACCGGCAAGUGUGCGCUUGUUACAAUAACUGGAAGACCAAGAGGGGUGGCCCCAAAUGCCCGUAAUUUUUUCUCUUUUUUUUUUGAGAAAAAAAAAGAAAAAAUUUCUUUGGAACUCAAGAUGAUCUUCGGAGUAAAUGGAGCGUUCUUAGGUGCUGCUCUUUUUUUUGUUUUUUUUUUAACAAAAUUUUCUUUUCCUAGCUAAUUAAGGAAGAGGAGAUAUUUCAUUGAAAAUGUGAAUCCCCUCUCUAGUAGUGUUGUUUUGUGGUUUCCAGUAUCAAUAAGAUUAGUAAUGCUGUGGCUCGGGGAUACAUGUUCCGGUCAUGAAUCCCCGUAUUAAUUCUAGUUUCUUCGAAAA